AUGAGUGCCGAAGGCUGCCAAAAUAAACCUCUUUUCUUCAAAUCGGAUGCUUGGAUUACAAAUGCAUUGGGCCAGUAUAGCAGUUGGAGUCAUGAUAUGAGCCUCAACGUCAUUAUUUUGCUAUUGAUCUUCAGCCUUUUUUUCAAUAUAUUCCAUAUGAUAAUUUUGUUCAACAAAAGAAUGAAGGAGUUCAAUUUGGUUAGACAAACGAAAGUCAUCCUUGUGUGCGAGAUCGUCAUGCAGCUGAACGCCCUUAUCAAAUACAUUGCGAAUGCUUGCGCAAAAUCGACUUGUGAAGGACACGCUGAUUAUAUUCAACUGGCUUUAGCGAACUUUGAUGUUUUCGUUUUCACAUUCUUCCAUCAAACCUACAUCUGGACAAUGGUUUUUAUUACUCUUGAGAGAGUUAAUAUUAUAAUUGAUGCCCGCUAUGGAGGCAAAUACAUUAUUAAUCGCAAAUUAAUUAUUAUAUUUUGUGUAUUCUCGGUUGUUACCGUUUUCGGAAAUCAAAUGUUUCGAACAUUGCCGCGAAGAAUUGUGAGAAUCACUGAUUAUCAAGAAAUAAUGAAUGCGAUGAAUUCGAGAUGCAUUUUCGAUCCAAAUAUUGAAGUUUAUAAAUUUGUUUCAACUUCUGCUGCCUGUGAGGGAACUAUUCCAUAUAUGUACCAUUGUUUUCAAGGAGAGAUAAUUCCUUGCUUAAUACUUUUAGCUUCCACAAUAUUCUUGAUAAUCAAAAAUAAUCAGAAAAUAUUUCGCAACUCAUUGAACCACGGCCAAGCGAACAAACGAAGGCGCAGCAACAUCUCAUUAGUCGUUUAUUUGAUAUUUUUCCUCCUUUCUGAAUCUCUUCUCGCGUUUAUUUACGGAAUUGGAAUGAUAUCGUUUUCAGAUUUCAAAAUUCUUGAUAAUUUCCUUUACAUCCAAGAGGAUUGUUUCAUUUACCUAGCAAUGUCCGUCGGAAUGCUCGUCUAUUUCGGAAUGUCGUCGAUAUAUCGAGAUACGGUUCGACAAGUGAUAUGUCAACAAAAAAUGUCAGUCAUCAAGGUGCCGCAAGCGACUUCAUAA